AUGGCAGAAAUCAGCGGCAAUUCCCGGGAGCGGAGAACCCCCAAGGCAUCCAAAGAGCCUAACCAGCAAGUCCGGGAUGAUUUAAUUAUGGGGACUAACAAUAGUAGUAUUGUGUCCAAACGAAGUGUAGAGCGCCUCUACUUCCCUGACGAGGCGCACUUCUUCCGCUAUUUUGUCAAGAAGCCACUGCGUCGGUCACCACUAAUCAAUCGAGGUUAUUGGCUCCGCAUGAAGGCUAUAGAUCACGUUGUCCGCCAGUUCUUAGACCAACAGAACGAGAAACGAAAAGUUGUCAUCAACCUGGGUUGCGGAUAUGAUCCACUUCCAUGGCAAUGUCUCUCCAGAUACCCGGCUUCCAGUGAGAACGUCAUGUUCAUCGAUGUUGACUAUAAAGAUUUGAUGAUAAGAAAGCGGGAAACCGUAGAGCGGACCCCUGAGCUUCAAUCACUAUUUACCAACAUUCGGUAUCCAGAGUCUGGCGAUAUUCUGCUCUCCAGUGAUCAAUAUCUACAGAUUGGCUGCGAUCUUCGGGAUCUUACUCACCUGGACAACGUACUGAAAUCCACUCUAGAUCUCAGUAGUUCUCAGGUGCUUUUAGUUGCCGAGGUCUCCAUAACUUACAUGGAGGCAGAACACGCUGAUAACUUAAUAAAAUGGGCAAGUGGACUUCCAAGUGCUCGCUUUUGCCUUCUUGAACAACUUCUGCCUGAUGGAAUCGAUCAUCCUUUUGCGCAGACCAUGAUGGCACACUUCGACAAGUUGAAAACUCCGCUAAAAGCUGUGCAGAAAUAUCCUAGCACUUCAGCUCAGAGUCUCCGUUUCGAGAGCUUGGGAUGGACUGGCACUUCAGUACAGAACCUUUGGGAACUUUGGGCCUCUCCUGAGUUCUUAUCCUCCGCAGAUAGAAAGGCUCUGGAUGCCAUUGAACCUUUUGAUGAGUGGGAAGAGUUUGCACUUUUUGGCUGCCACUAUAUCUUGUUAGUAGCAGAUAAUCUUGUUCCGUCUUCCAAUCUCCUAGGCAUAUGCGGCAAACUACGUACGGGUGAUCCGCCCGCAACAACUACGCUAUCUUCAUCAAUAGUAGUUGCAUAUUCCGACAACCCCCAAGGACAUGGUUGCAGGCGGUUUGCUGCAGGAUUACCGCUCAAAGGCUCAAAACGAGCACAAACGAGGGUUGGAAAUUUCGCGGGAAUGGGUCUGAAAUCCAGAAUAGAUUCGUAUGAUGUGUACGAUAGGGCGGAUGACCAGGGUGCGGGGCUUCAAUAUGAACCCGAUCGUUCGUCCAUUCAUCCCUCUAGCCGAAUGUGUCACACUAUUACCGAUCUCGGGGAUGCUGGCGCGUUGUUAGUUGGCGGUCGAACAUCGCCAGAUAAUGGCUUGGUGGAUUGCUGGCUUUAUCAUAAAUGGGUUGACACCUGGGAACGCGUGGACGAUGCUCCGCAUCCCCUAUACCGGCACCAGGCCGUAGAUCUCGGCUGUGGCUACGCUCUGAUAUCUACGGGCAGGAUUAACUCCCGUACUAUGUCUCAUGAGUAUUUGGUAUGGAGCCGUCAUUUUGGCUGGGUACAGUGUCAACUUGGUAGUGACCAAAAUCCACCAGAUACUUAUGGGGCGACUUUUAGCGUAUCUACGGAAAUUCCGCCGGAUUUAUCUAAGCCUGGGUGUGGUAUUCUUGCCGGCGGUAUGUGUGAAGAUGGUCUUCUUCAACCCGACAUCUGGGAAUGGGAAUUGCAAGAUUUCGCUACUCAACAUCCCAUACUCCAUUUCCGGAUCAGUUCAGAUUUUGCAAGAGAUAUGGGUAGUCGGCUGGGUCUCGUCCGGUUUGGGGCGAGUGUUGUCAAUCACCAGCAAAGAACUUAUAUCGUUGGUGGCAUUGCUGAAAAUAACAUUCUGAAAGCGUCAGAUGAGAUCUGUGCCUUCGGGUUUUCGUCCGUUCCCCGCAUGGUGACAAGAUUCUCGAAUCCAUUUGACAACACUGUUCCGAGGCCAUUGUUAAUAGGUACAACGGCGAUGUCUACCGGGGGGUCUUUACUAACCAUGGGAGGAUCAGCUGUGUGCUUUUCGUUUGGGACCUUCUCGAAUAAAGGGUGCUACACCAUCCAUCCUGAUAAGGAGCACAACGAUGUAGCCAAAAAGGGCUUGGACCCGGGAAUACCGCCAGAGGUGUGGAGCUAUAUGUAUACCAGUGCUCCUCAGGCAUUGAGCACCACCAUGAAUGGUAUUGCAGCAGCGGGCCAAGUUGCGCCGAAGCUGACUUUAGUUCCUCGGAUAAAAAUCCACGACUCGAACCAUUUCCAUAAAAUCCUCCAGGCUGGAGUGCCCGUCAUUAUUGAAGGUUCAAAUAUCGGCCCAUGCACCACCGACUGGACGGCGGAUUAUCUUAAAGAAAAAGUUGGCUCCGAGAGAGAGGUCGUUGUUCACCAGGGUACAACUACACAUCUAAAUUUCAAGACGAAAAACUUUACAUAUACCACCAAAACUUUCGGUGAUUUUAUAGAUUCGGUCGAGGCGGGGGAGAAGCUAUACUUGCGCUCGUUAUCUUCUGAUAAUGCCAAAGAGAUUCCCGCCAAUCUGGAUCGAGACUUCUCCUCGCUUGCUGCUGACUUCCAGCUACCUAACGAGCUAGAAUAUGUGACAAAAAGUAUUCACAGCUCGCCCUUUCGGAUUUCCGGGCCUGUCAUUAUGUGGUUGCACUAUGAUGUUAUGGCCAAUAUCUUGUGUCAGAUCCGGGGCCAAAAGCGAUUGGUUCUAUUCCCGCCCACCGAUGUUAUGCAUCUCGGCUUUGAGCCCGGUUCCUCGAGCUCAAGUAUCAAUGUAUUUGAACAGUUGCAGGAUCCCAGUUUAUGCGGUACCCAUCCUCACGAAGUCAUCCUCCGAGAGGGCGAUAUCCUCUUCUUGCCCUCACUGUGGCUUCACACCGCCGAGCCAACUUCAGGGAUGAGUGUCGCAGUCAAUGUUUUCUUCCGAGAUCUACAGGCUGGCUAUGCUGCUGGAAAGGAUGUUUACGGGAAUCGGGAUUUGCAAGCAUAUGAGAAGGGGAGAUUGGAUAUCAACAAAAUCAUCAAGUCACUUGACGGCUUGCCUGGAACAGCCCGCAGCUUCUAUCUGCAGAGGCUCGUGGCCGAGUUCCAGCAGAAAUCUUUUAGCCCCUAG